CUGCCGAGAAGUCAACAGGCAGACACAAAACUUAUGGGCAAGUGUUGUUUGUUUCAUUCUCCUGCCCAUGGCCAAUGGGCUUCAGCCAAACCAAACUCGAAACUUGAAAGAUUCUUGCAGAUCCAGGCCCGGCCUCAUGCUCUCCCGGUCCUGCUCUCUCCUUUCUGUCUCUGCUCAGUGCCGGAUGCGUGCUACUGCGCAGGUCCCAAACCCCCCGUUAAAACCUUUCGCUGCUUCACAUAGCAAUCUUGCGGUUGUUCUUGGUGCACCCCGAUAAUCCAUCCAUGGCUAAUCCGUCGCUGCUGAUGCGCAAGACCCUGAAAUCGCUUCGAAAUCCCUCCAUCUUGGCAUCCCUGUCGACCUCCCAUUCUCGGCGGCUCAGCUCCGCCGCCCCCGCCCCCUCUCCCGCCCAGACCCAAGCCGACGGCGGCCCGUCUUCGUCCUCCUUCGAGUUCUCCGGCGGCGGCGGCGGUGACAAGGCUGACGACGCGAUAUACGUCAGGGCCCCGAGCCCGAAGCCCGCGUCCGCCUCCGACCCUUCUUCGGUGACGAUGCCGAUGGCGUUCAUGACGGGGUCCAUCGUGGGGAAGCGGUUCUACAAGCAGGUGACGACGAGGGAGGCUGACGACGGGAACGGCUGGACCGUGAUGCUCGAUUACCGGACCCUGAAGACGCCUUCCAAGAGGCCCCUCAAGCUUCCGACCCUCGCUCUCGCCAAGGCCAUCGCUGCUGAGUGGGAAUAUCAGCAAACAGAUGGGAUAAGGCCUUUCACGAUGCCUCUGAUGAAACUCGCUUGCACGGCACUGGAGAGAGUUCCGCUCACUCGGCCGAAGAUCAUCGAGCACCUGAUGAAGAAAUUCAAUCAGGACCUGGUCUUCUGCCGUGCGCCAGAGGACAAUGUCUUGACGAGUGAUGUUCACGAUAGACAGGUGGAGAAAAUCGAUCCUUUGCUCAAUUGGUUGAAGUCAGAAUUUGGAUUUCAGCCUGUUCUGUACUCGAGCUUUUUCGGCGGCAAGCAGGACGAGGGAUUGAUAAAGGCCAUAGAGAACCUUUUGAAGAACACUGAUGACUGUGAACUGGCGGCGAUUGAUGCAAUGGCUGCAGCAGCACACUCUCUGGUUAUUGCUCUUGGAAUUUUUCGUGGGAGGUUGCAGAUAGAGGGAGCUAUUGAGUUAAUCAGACUUGAAGAAGACUUCCAGGUGGACAGGUGGGGUCUAGUUGAAGGCGGGCACGACGUUGAUAUUGCAGAUCUCAAGGUGCAGAUAUCAUCUGCAGCUGUUUUUCUUGCACUCUCGAGAAGGAUCUAGUUCUCGUACUCCCAAUCCUUGCCCUCUCGGAUUUUGUUAUAACUUUGUAGUGUGAGGCACAGCAUUUGUCGGUUUAGUUUUUUAUACUUGUUCUGUUUAUACGUCCAUGGGCAGCCAAAUAAUUUGUAACAAUAAUUUUUUUGCCUGGUUUGCGAAUUGAGAUAUUAUGCUCAAAUGGUCAAAUCUCCCUGAUCA